UAUGAGUUACGAUAUAUCCCAACAGUUCAUCGAAUUUCGUAAGCAAAUUAUGAACAAAACCUUGACUACUCCUGCAACCAACACCAGCAAAAUACAAACUAUUUCAACACCAUCAAAAAAAUAAGAAUUUUCAGUUGACAUCCUUAAAUCAUCAAUCUGCAAAAACGUCAAACGUCUAAAAGUUAAAUCUGCUAUAUCAAGUAUGAACAUCAUUAAUUACUUUCAGAUAUUCCUUUAAGUCCUCAUAAACAAAAAGCAUAAUCUCCAAUUAAGAAAUAGCCAUUCAAAAGUCCUUAAAGAUUAAAUUAGAAUGAACCAAUCCGUAGUCCAAAUAAAUAGCUAUAUAAUAGUACAUCCAAAAGCUAAUAGUCUUAAUUGAAUACUUUUUAAUUGCCACAAACUUAUAGAUAAUCAGAUUAUAUUGAUCAAUAAAGCUAAAUCAAAUUAUACUCUUCAAAAUAUCAAAAAAUUAUGAAUGAAGAAUAAGGACUUUAUUACAGCCAAUUAUAAACUAAAUUAGAUCAACUCUCCUAAAUUAUUGGCAAUCAAGAUGAUAGACAAAGAAACUUAUUUGAAAUCGAUAAUAUGAUUAAUCAAUCUAAAUAGAUCAAUGCAAAAUCUAGAGUCUAAAAACAUCUUGAUAGUUUGCAAUUUGAAAGUAAAGCUUUGCAAAGCGAUUUAAAUACUAUAAAAACUAAAAUAUCAAGAUUUUCUGAUUUUACUGAUAAUUGAU